AUGGUCGUCGACCGCGAGAUCAAAGUCCGCGACAUCCUCGCCACUCUCGCCCGCCACGGCCACCGCACCCCUCCCGACACGCACAAGACCCUCAAGAAGCUCUGGCUGCUGAUGGACGUCGCCUCCUGCCGUGGUCGCGCAGAGCUGAUCAGUUCCAAGACGCUCUUCACCGACGAGGACCUCUACCGCGCUCGCCUCUUCUUCGUCAAGCUCUACAUGCUCUUCGCCGACCCCGUCUUCGGCCCCAAAUCCACCGCGCUCGCCAAGCUGUUCCUUGGCCAGAAGGGGUUCACGCCGCUUUGGGAGUUCCUGCGGCGCAAGAAGUACCAGACCGAGCAGGAGAUCGUGGAGAUGAAGACGCGGUACGAUGUUCGCCCGACGAUCUUGCAGGCCAUGGACGGACAUCCCAUCAACGGCGUUCCGCCCAGCGAAAUGGGGAUGAUGCAUGUUGAGGGCUGGGGCCGCGGUGUCAGACACUUGAUGCGCCCGGAUCAGAUUGUCACCUGGCAAGCGUACAAGAGGGGGUUGGCGCUGCAUCUGAGGACCGAGAGGAUGAUGAUUUACGGUCAUGUGGAUUUUAACACGGGCCGGCCGCUGGUCCCCAGCCUGGAUGAGAUGUACAUGAGUGAUGACGAGUUUGACCUACCGGCUGAUUCGAGCUGGAGGAUCAUGAAGCAUCGCAAGGCCCAUGGUGGUUGUGGGAAUGUUCCUUUUGAGAGAAGCAUGUGGCAGCCUAAGCACGCGAGGAAGGCGAGGUGGAAUACGUUGACCGAGGAAGAGAAGGAGGACAUUUUGGCUGCGGAGGAGGAGAUCAAAGAGGCGAAAAACUUCCGGUACGUGGAAGGUGACUUGGAUGUGGCUCUUGCGGACUUGGAGGAGGCAUUGUAUGACUACGCCGUGGAGAAGGAGGAGGGUAGUCACGAAGAGGAUUUCAUCGACGGCCUUUGGUUCGACAGCCGCGUUCCAAUGCCCGACGAUGCGUCUCCUUUUGGUGAUGAAGAGGAAGACUUCGAUGAUGAGGACUGGGAGGCAUGCGCGAAGUACAUGGAGGGAUUAGGCCCGGACCGCCCGGUACCCGACCAUUUGACGCUCAUCCGACAAGACAAGGCUCAUGCCCAGAUCGACAAGUCAGUCCUUAUGGCCAAGCAGGUGUUCGAUAGCAUGGCCGAGAGCAGCGAUGAAAAGCAAGAGCAAGACAAAGCCUGGAAUGACGUCGUCGCCGACAAACUGGUCAAAAUUGCUGGCAAAGAUCCCCGUCACAGAAGAUGUACCCCCGUUGCUCCUCGUAACCCCACACGCGAGGCACAUCAAGCCUUCGAAAUCGCCACGAAUGGCCGCCAAAACGGCUGGGUGGUACCGGUAAGCCCAGACCAAGCCGAUAUGCCAGUGGUCCGGGCCGAAUAUCUUCUCAAGGGCGCCGUGGCCCUCAACAAAGCCAAGCUUGACACCGGCGACCUUGACCCUUCCGCCGACGCCAUGGCCGACGACGAAGUCGCUGAGUUGGAAGACGAGCAGAUUACCGCACAGCUUGAGAAGACUGUUAAGUACCGCUGGAUGCUUCACAUGCCGCGUAGCCAAGGUGGCGGUGGUGGUUCAAAUGGUCAAAAUUAUCAUAGUGUCCAGGAACCGCCCGUUGAGCUACCGGUACCUCUGGCCAUGGACAUGGAACUCGUGGAGGAGAGGGAAGCCUGGCAGGAAAUGCUGGAUAUGGAGGAGAAGGAGGACAGGAAGGCCUUGCAGAGAAUGAAUGACAUGGAGGAUGAUGAGGACACGGAGGAUGAAGAGGAUAUGGAGGAUGAAGAGGAAACGGAUGAAGAAAAGGAUGAGGACACGGAGGAGGAGGAGGAGGAGGAGGAGGAGGAGGAAGAGGAGGAACAUUACGCCAACCUCGUCGCCGACCUCUCCUACGUCCACACCCCCAUGACUCCCAACUUCAACCUCCACAACCCUCCCAACUUCGGCCAUUACAAUCCAAACCCUAACAACGCCGGCCCCAGCGCCAGUACCUUUCCUGGCUAUCCCUACCAAAUCCCCAGCAACAACACCAUCAACCAACCCAUCCCCAAUAUCACCGCCAACCAACCCAUGAACCCUCAUCACAACCAAUCCCACAUCACGCUCACUAUGCCUAACCGACCCAUCCCCAACAUCACCAUCAACCAACCCAAUCGACCCAUCCCCAGCCACGCCCCGAACCCUCACAACCCCGACCUCCCCUAUCCCUCCGAGGACUACCACUACAACUGCGAUCCCGACCAAGAAGACUUCGACUGGCGCGGCUGGCUCGACAUGCAGCACCGUAACGAUCUACUCGGCGAGGCUGCUAGACUGGAUCCGAGCCUGCUGAAUGGUGCGCAUGAGAUCGGAGCGGAGGAGCUGCGGAGGAGAGCGGACAGGACGAUCGAGGAGGCUAGGGGGUAUAGGGACUGGAGGGAGAGGGAGUUGAGGAUGUGGUAUCGGGAGUGGUAG